AAUCCAACCCUUGGGAGUUGGCUGUCACCAAGCUCCUCCUCACCUUCUCUUGCUUCCCGUAGCGCUUUUAGCUUCACCUUCUCUUUGCUUCUGAGCAUUUUUCUUGGCAAUGGCAUCCUUGGCGGCGGAGUGUUUGGAGAGAGCCAGCGAGGAGGGGAUGGACGUGCCGGAGAUCGACAGCACCCUUCUCAUGGAAUUACUAGAUGAGUCUCACCUUGAGGAGCCCGAGGACGAUCGGCUCGGCUGCGUGAUGCGGUCUCUCGAGGCCGAGAUCAACCCCCCCGCCGCCGCCGCCGCCGCCGGCAUCAUGGCGGUAGAGUCUAUCCAUGCUCACGAGGAAUGUGAGGAUUGUGGGCUGGAUGACAUCCUGUCAGAUCUCGACAGCCAUGACUGCUCGGGAUCCCCCUCGGCUUACCUUAUCGAUGACCCGUUUGAUUUGGUGGAGAUGGAGGUGGUGGCUGCAGGGUCGCCUUCGGGUGGCGACAUGGGUGGUUGGUACGUGGAUGAGGGUGGGAUGGUUGGGUAUGGAGAUGUGAGAGAGAGCUCUUUCUACUUCUAUGGGGAGUCUUCCAUGGAGCAAGCGUACAGUCCCUUGUGGGAGUGAGCAAUUCAGUAUAUCCUCUAUUUGUAUUGCCUUCCUUGUGCUACUUAACAAGCUGGGUUUUGUUUGGAUUAGAGAGCCAGUGGAUGCUUGUGAGACUGAGUUAUUAAAAAAAAAAAAUGUAGAAAUGGUUUAGUCAUUGUAUUUUUUCAGCAAGUGAAACAGAGUUACCAUCCAUUAGUACAACAAUAUUUGAUUUACUAAGAGAUUUUUGGGGGAAAAAA